AUGAUCAGCGACUUCCUCCGCGCCAAUGCAUCCAAGAAGAUGAUGCGAGUUGCUUUUGCAGACACCUCGUCUUCCGACUUCUCUAGUAGCGCCAGAGUAUCCAGCAAAGAAACGUUUGAGGUUCAGCAGCACCAGGUUCCAAGCAGUACGCCGGCGAGCGCGAGAUUAUCAUGGACCAUCGCUUUUGGAUGGCGCCGUGGCCUACUUGGCUGCCUGAUUCUGGCGUGGGCUAUCCUGAUCCUUAACCUUACUGUCUUUCUUAUCGCCUACCGUGAUCCGUCGUUUUCGGUCCCAGAUCGCCGUGGCAUACGUGCCCUUACACUCGUCUCUAACGACUGCGUCAAAGCGAAGAGGCUCAGUGUCGGAUUCCAUGCCCUGAUCAAUAUAAUGGCAACCGGCCUCCUGGCAGCAUCCAAUUACACUAUGCAGAUUAUGGCCGCGCCCACUCGGUCAGAAGUUGACGCAGCGCAUGCGGAGUCCAAGUUCGUUGAUCUUGGUAUUUCAUCGUUGCGUAAUCUCCGGUACAUCCCUCUUCCACGCCAAGUGAUAUUCUGGACAUUGGCCUUCAGUUCUCUUCCCAUACACCUUUUUUACAACAGUGCCUUGUUCUCGACCGUGGGCGCUUACGAGUAUGGCUUCGCGGCCGUUUCUCCGUCUUAUCUUAGCCAGUCAUCACAAAUGGGCACUACAAACUCGAAUAUCGAUUCUCCCGAGACCGCCAGAAGAGAGCUGUGGUCAGAUCCUCCCUGGAGGAACCUUACAGCAUCGGAGUGCCUCCAAGAAUACUCAGGGGGCUUGGUCACCAGUUCCGGAGAUCUCUUGCUAGUGACACGCGAAGAAAACUCUGCUAACCCUAUUUGGUGGUCAAAUGGUACAUCGAUAGAGAUAGGGUCUGGAACGACCAACUGGAUAUGCAGGUCAGUCCCGCCAUUGGAUACGUCGAACGCAUUGAGUACGUCGGACUACGAGUGGGACUCCUGCCCCUCGUCCUUUUUUCGAAGAAUCGACACCUCUCAGUGGACAUUUAACACACGCUGUGGACCGUCUAGCUAUCACAGUAAUAAUGGAGCCUGUCCCUGGUUCACGGUUGAUUACUGCAUGAGCCAUGCGGAGGAACAGCAUUGCCAGCUCAAAUUCAGCUACUCGAUCAUGCUCGUGGUAGUUGCGGCUGGAGCAAUCAAAGCCGUGACUAUGACCGUCGCCUUCUUCACAAUAUCAACCCCGCCGCUUAUUACUGUCGGCGACGCCAUUGCAUCUUUCCUUCAACGCCCGGACGAGCGUACCACGAGCGCCUCGCUCUGUACUACGGGCUUACACCUGGUGAAAACCGGCCGUUAUUACGACAACGAUUCACCUUUCCGAGCGAUCCACAAUCUACCCAGACAAGGUUCUGGAAACGAUGCCGCUUAUCCAUUUGGUCGCUGGUUCCCGGGCCAGUUCCGCUGGCAUGACAAUGUCUCCCAUCGUCGUUUUGGUUCCGUGAACGCCAUAUCCGCCGUUAUCAUUUCCGCAUGCAUCUUUUGGACAGUCCUCGGCAAAUACACCGACAAUGCUGAUCUCAGCAAUUUUGGGCCCGGGUUAGCUGUGCCAACGAUACGAUUAAACGAUAGCGUCAGCAGCAACAUCCUCACAGUCGUCUUCCUUGCUAACUUCAUGCAACUAUUGUUCUCCCUCGUCUACCUUCAGCUCAAUUCCCUCUUUACUGGGAUGCUGAUGGGCCAUGAAUGGAACAGCUUUGGAAUAAGCCGUCGACCGCUGCGUGUCUCCUUUCCCCAAGGCCAACAAACACGCACUACGUUUCUGUCUCUCCCGUACCGCUUCGCUGUCCCGCUGAUAACGUGCUCGAUACUCCUCCAUUGGCUGGCUUCCGAAUCUGUUUUCUUAGUCUGCAUUGAUAUCUUUCGCACCGGCGGCCGUAGGACCUCGGAGCCGUCAGAUUCGAUCACUACUAUAGGUCUUUCAUACCUCGCUCUUCUCAUCCUCACCGCGGUAUUCUGCAUACUAGUCAUUUUCACGAACGUCGUGGGCAUGUUAGCAUUAGAGCCUGGAAUUCCGGUAGUCUCCACUUGUUCACUUGGCAUUGCCGCGGCAUGUCAUACAUUGGAUCCAGAUCCGUGGAAGUCGAGCGAGAUGCCGCUGAUGUGGGGCGUCAAUACUUUAGCAUAUGCUGAGAGGGGCAGUCCUAGCGAGGAUCAGAUAACCCAAAACAGCAGAGACGAGACGAAGGAUAAACCGAAAUUAUGCUCGAGGAGACUAGCGUUCAGCGCGUACCCGGUUAGCAAGCCGGAAAUUAAUAUCACUUAUAUAUAA